AUGUACUUUUGAAAGAGUUACAUCACAAAAGAUAUUUUCACGCUACAGGUUAUGUUGCGUUAGAUGAUGUUAGAUUUGAUAGAAUUCCAACUAAAGAAGCCUGUAUAGGACACUGCACUUUCGAAGGUGGAUUCUGCGACUGGGUAAACAUGGAUGAAGACGAUUUCGAUUGGGAACUCGGAAGAGGAAGCACUAAUUUUAUAACCGGGCCACCCCGAGACCACAGUAGCUAUGGAAAAAAUGAACAAACCGGUGGAUUCGCAUACAUAAGCACUGCUUAUCCGAGGCGACCUGGCGAUACAGCCAUGCUUCGCAGUCCAAGCUUCUCAACUACAGGGGACAACAGCCCGAUGUGUAUGAAAUUUGCCACUCAUAUGUUCGGAUACGGAGUGGGUACUUUGCGUGUGGUGCUCAAAAACGAGGAUGAGAGCGAUAAAACAAUCUGGGAGAUGUCCGGUUCUUCUGGCAGUAGCUGGCACAAAGCACAAGUCACACUCUCUUCACUGAGUCCAUUCCAAUUAUUGUUGAUAGCUAUAGUUGGUAAUCAGUUUGGUAAUAUAGCUGUGGAUGAUAUAUCUUUUCAAUCUGGUGCAUGUCCUGUUGUACCACAGACUGCUGCAAAAGACAACGGGGAUUGUAAUUUUGAAGAUAAUAUGUGCAAUUGGAACAAUCCAUCCCCACAGGAUGAACUGGAUGAUGUAGAUUGGGCGAGGCAAUAUUUCUACAAUCAAAAUGGUCCUCACGUCGAUCACACCAGAGGCGACAACAAAGGAUACUACAUGAACCUUCUCCCAAACACAUCUCCUUUGAUGAAAGGUGGUACAAAAGGAUGGCUUGUAAGUUCACGGCUGAAACCAACAGCGAACCCCAAAUGCUUAUCAUUCUACUAUUACAUGCAUGAGAGACUCAUUGAUCCAAAUGGCAUGAGUUUAGGAAGUUUAAAAGUUUUCGUUCGCCUGAUGAAACCAGGCAAGCCGUUUUCACCGAUUUGGCGACUUUAUAACCACCAGGGUGAGCGAUGGUUUCCAGCAAGGGCUCCAAUAGUUAGCCUCAAAGAUAGAACACCACCAGAUACGGCAUUCGAAAUCAUUUUCGAAGGUGUUUGGGGUGAUGGACGGGCUGGUGAUAUAGCUAUAGAUGAUGUAUCCUUCUUUGACGGGGAUUGCACAACUGAACCUUUAGGUGCUGCCGCGGUUGUUGGUGAAUGUUUCUUCGAGACAGAUAUGUGUGGAUGGAUUCCUGUAUCUGUUUUAGACGACGGACCAUCUACUCUUGCGCCAACGACGGAGCCAAAAACGUUGAAUUCAGUAGAAGAAAGUUUGUGGAAGAUGGCCAGAGUGGAGAAUAAACCGGCCGGUCUUCUAGAUCACACAUUGCGAUCACCAGUAGGAUUUGUAUUUUUCGACGUUUUUCAUAAAAGUGUUGUUCAAAAACCUAAACUCCGAAGUCCUAUUUUAGAAUUUAGCAUUAGUACUGUUAGAUGUUUGGGAUUUUGGUUCGUUGUCUUUGGAAGAAGUGACGCAACUGCUUUGGAGGUUGUAUUACUGGAUUUAUCUAACUCAGAGCAAAUUCAGAGGAUCGUAAUCUGGAGACUGGAAGCGAAGAACUUUGCGAACGCCAGCAGGACUGAUUGGAGUUACGCUCAGGUGAGCGUCGACGCAAAAGGCGAUUAUUUACUGCAGUUUGAAGGAGAGUCUUCAGAUGGCGGUUUUGCUUUGGAUGAUAUUUCAUUCUAUGAGGGCUCUUGCCACACGAGACCACCAGCUGCUGUUGGAAAAGGAUAGUUGCACAUUCCAUUGCUCCAGAAAUUGCAGCUCAUAUACAAGAUUUAUGUACGAGCUGUUCUUUUAACUAAUUUCUUUGCUAGCUCUUCUUCAAAUUUUGCUAAUCAUCAUCAUCGAGGCGAUUGCAAUCAGAUACUUUAAGAGAUAUUCUUUUAAAAUUAGCUUUAAAAGCAAAUGUUGACACGAUGCGAUGUUGCUGGUGUUUUGCGAUCUGUCAAAUCAAGAAGGAUUGAAAGUGAAAAGAUGUACCCUCAAAACGAUUGCUUUAAAAGGGAAAAACGUGUCAUUGGUUCACCCUUUACCCACAACAUUGCGCAAUUUUUAUGAUUAAAAUGACUCAUACUUCCCGUUGCUCUAUCUUCAUGCUGUUUAUUUACCUUCUUUAGCCGUCCUUCGACCCUUGAGAGCCUUAAUCUGUUCUUUCGUAUUUUUCGUCUAGUUUUAGCAUAGCUGGAACUCAUUGUCUUGAACAUGUUAUAUUAAAGUUAUAUUGGUGCAGCAUAGCCGGUACUAGCUUUUGUGCUAUUAAAUUCUGUUUACAUUCAACUUAUUUACAUUGUGUGGUAUUAAAAUUUGAAGAAAAGGCACUAUCUCAAGCUCCAACUGUGUUGCCUGGCUAGAAUCAAGCCUAGUGUUCUGAUUCUAUAUAUUGUGACCGUUAAGAAGUAUAGCCGUUGAGGAAAAAAAACGAAGUCUUUGCCUACGGCUGAACUUUUUCUCUUACCGUGCUCUUAAACAUCAGUUGGUAAUCGAUUGCUUUGAAAUAAAUAGUUGAAACUCCUACUAUCAGCUAAUAUCUAGUUGUAACAGGAUUGAACAAAUUUGCUACUUUUGAGGAGAAUGGUGAUUUUCGUGUGUGUUUUCUCUCAAUUGAGGCUCGAUCUUAGAAGUUUUGACAAAAUUGUUUGUGUUGUUUCGAGGAUAGUCUAAGAAUACUAUGAUUUUAUAACACUUUGUUACUGAGGGAAAAAAUACUCCGCCAAGCUUAAUUUCAGUAAUAAAAAAUGUUCCAAUUGCACUAACAACUUGGAAAGAGAGGACAAUGUGUAAAAAUGAAGCAUGAAUACCAAUUGAAUAAGCUUAAAAUAAUCAAUCUAAAAUCGUAUGGCCAGUGAUUUAUCAUACUAAUGUGAUUAGGUUUGUAUAUGAGUGAGAAAAAUAUGUAUAAGUUACAUGACCUAAUUUUGAUGGUAAUCACGCUCGUAGCUC